UUUUAUUACAAUACAUCAUGUUUUUAUUACUAGCUUUCUUACUACUAUUUUUAUUACUACCUGGGACACUUCAAUUUGAUCUUAUUAAUUAUAAUAUUAUUCUGUCUGCUCCUUCUAAUUCCUCUGUCUUUGUUAUCGUUGAUGACGUGACUUAUCCUCUUUAUUUUGACACUACAAGUUCUCUUGUCUUUCGUGGAGAAGCCCCUAUUGCUAAAUAUCGUUAUAAAUAUGGUUAUACUGAUCAUUCUAAUCUUAUCUCUGUCUCUGAGCACUUUCAUCGUUCACCUCUUUCUAAUGUUACAACUACCCCUAAUCAUUUCUUUAAUAGAGAGAAUGACGUUUAUAACUUGGACCAUUUGCUUCAAUAUGUUAGCUCUUCAUUAUCAAGACCUAAUCUUCAUAUUCUAGAGCAAAUCCCUACUAUUCAUCUCCAAGGCGACCAAAAAGCUAUUGACACUAUGCACAAUAAUCAAUUAGGUGAUGGUGCCUCUGUUAAAAUGAAAAUUUCUUAUAUAAGCUUACAUGAUACUCAUAACUUUAAUGAUGUUUCUGUGACAUUAGCUGGUCGUAGUUCUCGUUGGGUUCCUAAAUUAUCUUAUAAAUUAAAAUUAAAAAAGAAUGAUAAUUUAUUUGGUUAUAGACACCUCAAGUUACGCGCUUUGUCUCAUGAUCCUUCAUACAUACGUGAAUGUAUUGCUUAUUAUAUCCUUAAAGCUGCUGGUAUUGUUACAACUGGUUUUUCCUAUAUUCGUGUUUUUAUUAAUAAUACACCUAUUGGUUUAUUCGGUAUUAUUGAAACAUUUCAGGAUCCCUGGGUAGCUGUCACUUUUGGUAAUGGUUCUGCAAAUUAUAUUUCUGGCUUUAUGUAUCAAGGCACUGGCUUUGCAAUUGAUUCUAAUAAUGAAGUGUUUAUCUCUGACUUGAGAUAUGAAGGUACUAAUCUUACAAAAUACAUCAUUGGACAAUAUAAGGUUAAGACAGCUCCCUUUUCUCGUAAAGAUCUAAUUGUCUAUGAAGGCUUACAGAACUUUACCAAAUUUGUUAAUGAGUCUACUGUAUUAAACAGAACAUUGGCAGAAUGGGAAAAUUUACUAAAUGUAGAUAAUUUUCUUAAAGCGAUGGCUGUUGAAGAUCUCCUUGGCUUAUCUGAUGGUUAUAUGACCAUGGCUGACAAUUAUUAUUUGUAUCAAGAUCUAACGACAGGACGUUAUACAUACAUACCAGCUGAUCUUGAUACAUCAAUGGGCAUUUGUCUGUACAACAUAAGUCUGAUGACAAGUGGGAACAUGACUGACCAUCCUGGACUUACUACUCGACCCCUGACAAAGAAACUAUUGUCUUACAAGGAAUACAUGGCAGCUUAUGAAAGCAAAUUGUAUCAGUUUGCUCAAGACCUCGUGAAUCCUGCUGUCCUCUUCCCCUUUAUUGACAGUAUUGUCAACAUGAUUCGCCUAGAUGUCGAGUGGGACCUCUCGUUGAAAAGAAUGGGUAAUCGAACAUUACCUACUUCUCAAGACGGCUUCAACACGUCCCUUAUUUUGUCCAAGAUGUUGCCUGGUUUCCAAAUGAUAGAUUGGAAAACUAUUUCCAAUCUGUCAUUCGAUCAAGCCCUUGAAGGCCCUUCCUCUCCAGCAACCAACAAUGAAAGUGUAAAAACUUUCAUUUCCAAGAAAUAUGCUGCCAUCAUGAAAGCAUAUAAAAAGUCGUCGUCCCCUCCUUUGUCCGCUGCAACUAGCAUAUUGUUGUUGUCAUAA